GGUUUUUUUGUUGUUUCUUCUAGGGAUUUUUUGAUUUGCAAUAUUCCUUGCUGCGGGGAAUAAAUACGUAAAUACAAUAUGGCCGAUGGCAGCAAAACGUCGCGAGUUUUUCUGCUGGAAUUCUGCCUGUGAUUUAAGAUAAAAUUGCGAAUUUUUAAUAUCUCGUGGAAGCUUUCAACAAGUCGAACCUCCCGCGAAGUUCGUUGCACGAGAAAUGUCAAAAGUUUAACCUUAUAUUGGCCAAAGUUGCCGAGUGAUUGCCGAUGAAGAUGUUUUCAUUUUUUGAAUCGGAGUUGACAUUCACCAAUUUUAGCAGCUUAUAAGGUGCAUGUAAAAUGCAACAGGCUAACUGAAGCCUAUACGGCGUUCGAUGUAGCGGAUCAGGACGAUUCGCAUAAAUUGUGUGGCUUUCGCACGGCGAUGGCGUAGGGGUGCCAGUACUAUCAUGGAUACAGAAGUUGAGCUUGUCAAAGGCGAAGGGACCAGUGAAACUGGUUCAGGUUGUUCCGGCUAUUCCAGCAUGGUACAUAGCAAGAAGGUCAUCAAGCACGCGUUGCGCCAACAAGCCAAGAGACGGCGGAAAAACACAACCAUAGCUGCUGGAAAUUCACGUACCCUGCCACGCAUUGUUGUCAAGCCAUUGCCACCACCACCACCAGACGAUUCACCUACUCUUGUAAACAAUAUCCAACACCCUAACACUGCAGCAGAGGAACCGGCAGCUACUAUGAGAGAAGUCUUGGCCAGUUUACCAGGUUUUAGUUUAAAAUCAGGCCGUAGACGAUCAACCAAAAGGUUGUCAGCAGCUGCACAAUUAGAAGCAGGUCUGGUGGAUUUGGAAUCACCAGCCAGUAUUCUUGCAAGUACGAGUUUGCGAGCUCUACUUAAUAGGCAUACCUUUCAAGGCCUUCCACCAUUGUAUCAAAGAAAACUUGCCCAACUUUUGCCAGCUGUUGAUAGACAAGAUGCCGCAACAUCAGGACUGAACAAUGAAUUUUUUGCGCGUGCUUGUUUGGAAUGGCGAAAACGUCUAACGGAAGGGGAGUUCACACCGGAAAAUCAGCAAAGGCUUAAAAUGGAAGCUGAGAGAGACAAACACAAAUUAGACCCUUGGAAAUUAAAGCACUUUGAACCUAUUUGGGGUGAAAAAUUAGAGCCGAGGCUUACUUCAGGAUCACAUUGUAUAACAGAACCUAGAUCCAGCGGUGCUGUAACUCGAUCGAGUAUGCGUCUUCGUCAUGAGUCACAAAUGGAACAUCCUGUAUCGGAGUAUGGAGCAUGUACUGUCUCGACGGUGAAAGAAAAAAUGAAAGAGGAUGUUUCUUCAGCGGAAACGAAUGUUAUCAGUAUUCCUGAAAGUUCCGAAAAUACAGAAGAGAUGCAACAGAAUUCGUUACAGGAAGACGAAAAGGCAAUACAAAUUUUGGCAGUUGAAAAUCAUGUUGAGGAGUCUACAGAUAUGAAUGAAAUUGAGAUAACAGUAAAUGAUCAACCCUAUCAGGAAAGUUUUGCUGGGGAGCAGGUCGCGGAAGAGCUAGAAAGUCAAACUGCCGAAAUUACAACAGAUAUAAAUUCAAUAUGUCCACCAGAAAGAAUAAAAGAAGCAAACGAAGAGCCAAUGCCUCUAGCCACAAAGGAAAAGAUUCUGCAAGUCAUCGAAGAAGUACCAGUUUCAAUAAUAGAGAAUAAUAUAGCGCAGCUACCAAAUCUAUCUAUUCCACCAGCUGUCGAAGAAGAGAUUGACUGUACCUCUCAGGUAUCGGAGGAGUGUUUAUCCAGAGUAUCAGAUGAACAAAUCCUGCGAGUAUCGGACGACUCGGUGUCUCAUAUGUCUGAGGAUCAAGCUCCUCUGUUACCAGAUGAACAAAUCUCUCAUAUGUCCGAUGAGAAUAAUCCAGUGAAUGAGACUAUGUCCUCGCACGAGGAAGUAAGAACGACGGAGUUGAUAGGAACGACGGAGGAGCAGCAGCAUGUAAUUAAUAACCAAGGAGAGAGUCGUGUUACGGCAGAAAAUCCAACAGAUGGGGAACCACAGAUUCCAGAAGGAAUGGAGAUCGACAGCGAAACGUUGCAGCGUAUUCAUGAAUUAGAAGUACGUGGUGAAAUGCGUGAAGCGUACGAGGAAAUUUCAGGUUGUCCUGAGGAAAUUAUUUACCCGAUUUUAGAAGGGAUGGAAAUGGAUUCAAACGGGACGGAGGAAGCGGAGCCUCAGGUUGUACCGGGCCAGGGUGAGGAUAGCGGGACUCAGCAGGACAUGAAUGGAGGAAAUGAGGACGAAGCUCUUCGAGAGGCAAACAAUUACGUCUGCUCAGAGAUGCUUGAGUGCAGUUGGGCAGUUGAUCAAAGUGUCAGCAACGUUAACAAUAUCAGUAGGACACAGGAAGAGCUGCAGGUACCUUGGCCUCUGGUGGCAGCAGCUCUCGACGGUUCCGUCGCAGCCAAUAUCACAGUGACCACCCAGGAUGAAUGUAACGACACGACGACUACGACGGAUACCGGAAGUGCCACCCAGAGACCCGUACCAGCCGAUGCGAAUACUGUGAAAGCAGAGACUGUCAACGGCAUUCAGUUGGCUGGUACUCAGGCCGUGCCAUUUCAAUCGGAUACCUUGUCAACGGAACCUCCUGUCACCAGUUGCCUGAUGAAGAGUAUGCAGUCGCAAAGUCCACCGAUUAUUGCGUUUCCUCAGCUGCAGUCAAUCCGAUUCGUGCAAACGAGCUUUCACGCGGGUCAGAAUGCAGCAGCGCAGCCAAUUACGAACAGCACUCCAGUCCCGGUGCAAAUUCAAACUCAGCAGAAUUCCUCGCAGCAAGUGAACGUCGCAAGGGGCCCGGAGGAAGUUGUACAACUUGGGGCACAGAAUGUCGUAGUACGUAACAAUACACAGAAUAACAUUCCCCGAGCUCAGGUUCAGGGAAAUGCGUCGACUGUUUGCGUGCAGUCGCAGGUCAGCCGAGCACAAAAUCCAAUUGUUGUUCAGCACCAGACACCAAUCCCGACGCAUGCUAGGCAGGUUGUUAGCACUGUGCAACAACAGCCGCAACAGCAACAAUAUCCAGCUACAGUAACAGCGUCUUCGAGAUCAGCUCGUUCUGCUGGACAAGGAGGACAGCGUGGCUCUAGGAGUAACAACAAGGAACAAAGCGGAGGAAGAUCACGUAGCUCCACGAAAGAGCCACCUGGCGCUGUUAACCUUGAACGUAGCUAUCAAAUUUGCCAAGCGGUCAUUCAAAGUUCCCCGAACAGAGAUCAGCUGAAAGCCCAUUUAAAACCACCGCCAAGUUUACUUGCUCGAGGCGACGGUGCCUUUACCACAAACAAGUCAGGUGGUCGUACAAUCACAGCAGUGAAGACUCAAAAAUCUCAACAACCAACGCAACACGGUAAACAAACACAAAACAAGGCACAGGCAGUCAUGUUGAGGCACGUCUUUGCUACCGCACGUCAGACCAUACCUGCAGAGGUUACAGAAAAUAAUGCGGUAGCACAGUUAGGCACCAACAAUGCCGGUGGUCUCGGCCAGUAUAUACUUGUGCAAAGAACAGGCGUGGGUGACGGAGCUCCUAGAGCAUCCUCAGCGCCACCAUUACCACCGCAAAUAGCAGGUAUGGGUGUCGGUGUCCACCUGGUGCGCGGCAGGCCUGCGAGUGCUGGAGAAGGUUCGCAUCAGGCGGUUACCCUAAAGGCAAGAGGUGCUUCGGAUGGCAGAGGUGGCGGUGGUGCCGAACCAGGUGCACCAGGUGUCAUAAUGGGUGGCGAUCCACCUCCUCCUUGCGAAUGCAACAUGCGUGGAGCUAUGGUUAUAUGUCGUCAGUGCGGGGCAUUCUGUCACGAUGAUUGCAUCGGUCCUCAGCGUAUUUGCGCAACUUGCCUCAUACGCUAAUCCUCUUCUCUUUUUUACUCGCACAUCCCACCUUCUAUGUAUAAAUACAUUCUAAGAAUUCGACGAAGUACGAGUGCUGAUUGGCAGGCAAAAUAUUUUUUUAACACGAUCAUUAUCUGCUUGGGACUCACAGAAAAGUUGGCUCGUGCAUCACACGCGAACAGGCAGUCUUUCGUGUGCUCAUGACUCCCUGACUAGAAAAUAUUUCUUAAUUCGCAAUUUACUCUUGUAAAAAUUUUCUUCGUCUUACACAAGACAGUUUUACGAUAAGGCAUAUGCGUUUCCCUCGUUUUAAUUUGCUGCUCAGCACGUUCGCUUCUGCGACGUUCUUAGAGCUGAGAGUAUCGGGGAUAUCGUUAGAAAUUGAACUAAGUAGCAGACGUUAUAUUGUUCAAUAAAUAAUUCUGGGCGCGACAUACGAGAUACGUUAUUAUAUACAUAUAUAUAUAUAUAUAUUCUUUUUCUCAUACUCAUUCGUACUUAGAUUUAUCCGAUGGCAAAAGUUAAUCGCUCAAACUUUUUAGCACAGUGACAGAAUUAAGGUCACUUGUCUUUUAACGACAUGACGCACCAUGGUACAUGAUGUACAGUAGUGAUACCUGUUAAAAAAUUUAUACAAUCAAUAUUGUCGACCGAAAUCGUAUGGAGCGUCACGUCAGUGCGUGGCCGGCCUUAAAGUUCAUAUACGUGUAUAAAACUAAUAUCCCCGAGACCCUCGGAAUAGACUAACGACAUAUUGUAACUCUACGACAGUCUGACUCCGGUUUAUCGUCUUCCACUGACAUCACGCGCAUAACUUUUGCGACUUCGUUAUUUAUUUAUUCUCAUAUAAAUCUCAGUUCUCUCAUGUUAAAAUGAUGGACCUUACCGUUUGCGCCGAGUUGGAUCUUCGUUAAAUCUUUUCCUUCUAAAAAUGGCCAAGCUUUUAAUUUUCUUUGUCGCGAGAUGCAUUAGCCAUCCGAACGUGUCAAAAAGUUCUUGUACGAAAUAGCAGAGUAUAUUUAUGAUCAUUGCUUGGAGUUGUAUGUAUUUAAUGAGAAAACGGCGCUUGCGGCUAGGUCAUUCGUAGGAGAUGCACUUCACUAUGGGUAGUGACGUAUUUAGGUGUAAGUGACAAGCUUAUUAUUAGGAGAUCAAGUAUUUUAGGUAGUGUAGGGAGCGUCUCGUUGCUUUAUUAGAACCAGUUAGUGAAUGCGAGAGGUUUGCAGAUUUAAUUGCUACUUCUUUAAAACUGGUUAACGUGAAUGAGGGACUAUCGUAACACGUCAUUACGCGCAUAUUGUAUAUAGAACACGUUCGUUCGUUCAUUCGUUCAGUCAUUCAUUAAUUCAUUCAUCGUUCAUUCAUUUAUUCAUUCAGUCAUUAAGUCGUUUAUCAUUAUGCCAUUAGGUUCGCAGAGCAGGAGACUACAUAUUAGCGUAUCAGGGACAAAAGUAACAUCACGCAAUUCUCGUUCAUAGAUUAAUAUUAUAUUAAUGAUACAUAAUCAUUUAUUUUUUAUCAUCUACAAUAAUAAUUCGUAUUAUUGUAAUUGCAUAGCAAAAAUACUGUGUACUCUUCGCUCAAAUGUAAAUAAAGUCAUAUUCGUUUAAACUUUAAA